AUGCUCAAAGUUGAGAAUUUCCAAGCAAGUGUUAGAUGCUUAAAUCGUUUCCGUGAGUGGUAUGGUGUGGUGAUCAAAUGCAUUUCUGGGGAGGCAAGUGACGUGCCAAUGAAUUCAGUUAACGAAUGGCGUAAUGGAGAAGUUGCAGCACUCAUAAAGAAAUACAACCCGAACGAUGUCUUUAAUGCAGAUGAAGCUGGAGUGCUUUUUCAGCUUGAACUAAAAAAGACAUUAGCCCAAAAAAGAGAUAAGUUGAUAGAUUUUGAUAGAGAAAUAAAAAAGAAGAAGAGGAAAAUUCUUCUUAUCGAUAAUUGUACUCCACAUAAUGAACCACCAAAAUUGGAUUACAUUCGUGUGAAAUAUUUACCACCUAACUGCACAGCUGUACUUCAACUUCUUGACCAAGGUAUCAACAGAGCUGUAAAAUUACACUACAAAACUGUUUUCGAAGAUGAAGCCACUGAUGAAAGUAGUGAAGAUGAAAAAGCUGUAAUAGAAGAUGAUGUGUUCAAUGUCACUUUAUCAGAAGCCUUAUCAAGUUUGGAAAACUUACACAUACAUCUAGAAAUUCUACUCAUAAAUCAGUUUAAAAAAUUGAAACAAUUACAAGCAUACAGCUGA